AUGGAUGAAUUGAAUGAUGAUGCUUUGUUUAAUGGAAGAACAGGUACUAAUUUUGAAAGAAAUGAAGAAAAAGUAUUGCCCGAUUUGCCCCAUAGUCGCUUGAAAUCCAGUAAUUACAAUAUGGAAAACGAGAUCUUCAAUACCGUAGGUAUUUGGAAUAAUGAUAGUCCCAAUGGGAUGCAAGGUUCCUUUCAGAAAGACAGCGGUCCAGAGAAUAAAGGUUCAGGUUUGGAAUUGGACUUAGGAAACAUUAUGCUUGAAACGCACAACUUGGAUCCCACAAAAUGGAACACUGAAAGGUAUAGUCAGGAUGGUGCUGGAGUUAAUGAUAACAGCUAUGAUUGGCAGUAUUUUGUUUUUGAUGAAAGGGAAAUAGGUUCCAUGCUUCGAUUAUUUGUGCAAGAGUUCCGGCCAGAUCGACCAUCGAUGCGAUUAGCUCCGGCGAAAUUAUUUUAUUUGGCUUCCCGAUUUGCUUAUACUUACAUGCCGAAAAGCAAAAAUAUUGGACAUGAUCUUUUGACGGGCUUUCUUGAUUCAGUACACCAAGUCAUACAGACAAAUACUGAAGAUAUGGUUUUGUGUGUCAUGUGGUUAGCGAAUGUUUGUCUACUUGAAUUCUACCUUCAAAGAGACACAAGGUUGGAAGAAUUGACUGGUCAAAUACAGCAAGAAUGUAACCAAUUAAUAUCUGAAAUUUAUUGUUUAGUCUGCAAAGAUGCCAUUCGUCGCAUGGAGGAAAACUUAGAAGAAGGCAUGCUCAAAUAUACAGGAAUACAGGGCUUAGAUUCCAUCCUUCAUUCAAGAAGUUGGAAUUUCUUGAGACGUCGGAAUACAUAUGAUCAUUUAUCUCCUCGCAGUACUCCUUCAGCUUCGCCACGUAGUAUUACUAAAAUCAUUGCAUCCACUCUUCAUUUAUUAGAAGUGUUUUACGUUCAUCCCCUUCUACGUAUUCAGUGUAUUGAGCAGUUAUACCGCUGGUUGGGUGUGCGUCUUUUUAACAGAGUCGUUUCCACAAAAAAAUAUCAUUCUCGAGCUGCCGCCAUGGAAAUUCGCUUCAAUGUUUCCAGCUUGGAAGAGUGGUCACAAACAAAUUCCGUGAAGCUUAGAAAACCCAUCGACUAUCCUGGAGAAGACUUUCGAGUCUCUCUCACUCCUCACCUUACAUCGUUGACCCAACUAUUGCAAUGGCUUCAAUGUUUAUAUAGAUUAAGCGAAGAGAAUGAACCAGAACCCUUGCAAGAGACCCUUGAAUCUUUAGAUGCCUUGAAUCCACGUCAGCUCUAUACUGUCGCAAAGUCCUAUCAACCAAAUAGUUCUGAAACAAAAGUUUCACGAACGUUUUUAAAACGUCUUGAAGUAUAUCAACGAGAAGAAUUACGAAAGACUUUAGAGACUCCUCAAGACGAUGGUAUUGUAAAUGAGUUUGAAUUAACAAAAGAUGAAACCCAGCUACAGACUCUUAAUUUGCCGACGAAAGCUCAGCUAGCAAAUGCUUAUUCAAGUAUUUCUUCUGGAAAUGCGUUCAACAACGAUCGUAAAAUCCUUUUUCAACCACAUGUAUCGAACGACAUUAUCGAUCGAUUAGAAGAAAACGGUAUCUCUAUGGAUCGUGCGGAAAUACCAACUAGUGUUUUUGAAGAUGAAUUAGCGAAACGGGAAUGGCGGCCUGACCAGGAAGUAGAAGAAUUGAUGGGUGCAUAG